AUGCAUCUUGUUCCAAAGGAGCUCGAUAAACUCGCAAUCUCGCAACUGGGAUCCUUGGCCCAGCGGCGCCUUGCACGUGGCGUGAGACUCAAUCACGCAGAAGCUGUGGCGCUGAUCUCCUCGAAUCUGCACGAGUUGAUUCGCGAUGGGCAAUACUCCGUGGCCGAUUUGAUGUCUAUCGGCAAAACCAUGCUUGGUCGCCGCCACGUUCUGCCAUCCGUUGUUUCUACAUUGGUAGAACUGCAGGUGGAAGGCACUUUUACCACUGGUAGCUAUCUCGUAACAGUACAUCAUCCAAUUAGCUCCGAAGAUGGAGACCUUGAAAGGGCGCUUUAUGGGAGCUUCCUACCGAUACCCCCAGCGGAUACAUUCCCGGAUCCGAACCCGGAAGACUACCUACCGGAGAAGGUGCCCGGGGCGGUCAUCCCCGUGAAAAACGAGCGGAUCGCCUUGAAUGAUGGAAGAAAGAGAAUCAAGCUUAAAGUGACGAGUAAGGGUGAUCGACCGAUUCAGGUUGGCUCGCACUACCAUUUCAUUGAAACCAACCCACAGUUGUACUUUGAUCGUAUUCGAGCCUAUGGAUAUCGCCUCGACAUUCCUGCUGGUACCUCGGUGAGAUUCGAGCCUGGUGACACCAAGACGGUUACCCUCGUCGAGAUCGCAGGCAACAAAGUCAUUCAUGGGGGUAAUUUCCUCGCUUCAGGGAAGGUUGAUCUGAGUCGAGUAGAUGAAAUCAUGCAACGCCUGCAGGUCGAAGGGUUUGCCCAUGUUCCCGAACCAACAGCGGAUAGUGCACUCGUUGCCCCCUUCACGAUGGAUCGAGAGGCUUAUGCUCGAUUGUUUGGCCCCACUACCGGAGACCUCGUUCGUCUGGGAUUGACUAACCUUUGGGUCCGGGUUGAGAAGGAUCACACAUCCUACGGCGAUGAAUGCACGUUUGGCGGUGGAAAGACUAUUCGAGAGGGAAUGGGCCAAGCCUCUGCAAGAUCUUCGAAGGACUGCCUGGAUACCGUCAUCACGAAUGCACUUAUUAUCGACUGGACUGGAAUCUACAAAGCAGAUAUUGGUAUCAGGAAUGGCGUCAUUGUCGGCAUUGGCAAAUCUGGAAACCCAGACAUAAUGGAUGGUGUUCACCCAGAGAUGGUUAUUGGCUCCUCUACGGAUGUCAUUGCGGGAGAGAACAAGAUUGUUACUGCCGGAGGCUUCGAUACGCACAUCCACUUCAUCUGUCCUCAGCAGACAGAUGAGGCGCUCGCAUCUGGAAUUACUACAUUCCUUGGGGGAGGAACAGGUCCAUCAACCGGCACCAAUGCGACCACCUGCACUCCAGGGCCGACUCAUAUGCGCCAGAUGAUCCAGGCAUGUGACCAUAUCCCCAUGAAUAUCGCUAUAACUGGAAAAGGAAACGACAGCGGCGGCUUGAGUAUCGAGGAGCAGAUUAUUGCUGGAGCUGCUGGUCUGAAACUCCACGAAGAUUGGGGCUCGACACCUGCUGCAAUCGAUACCUGCCUUGAUAUGUGCGAGAAAUACGAUGUACAGUGUAUGAUCCAUACCGACACGCUCAAUGAAUCCGGGUUUGUCGAACAAACUAUCAAGGCCUUCAAGAAUCGCACGAUCCACACCUAUCAUACGGAAGGAGCUGGUGGUGGUCAUGCUCCGGAUAUCAUCUCGGUUGUGGAACAUCCCAACGUGCUUCCAUCCAGUACGAACCCAACUCGUCCAUUCACGAUGAACACCCUCGAUGAGCACCUGGAUAUGUUGAUGGUUUGUCACCAUCUAUCUAAAAAUAUCGCUGAGGAUGUGGCUUUUGCUGAAAGUCGUAUCCGUGCGGAAACGAUCGCUGCUGAGGAUGUACUCCACGAUCUUGGGGCGAUCAGUAUGAUGUCGUCUGAUUCCCAAGCUAUGGGGCGCUGUGGAGAAGUGAUCCUGAGAACAUGGAACACUGCACACAAGAACAAGGAGCAGCGUGGUACACUACCAGAGGAUGAAGGAACAGACGCAGACAACUUCCGUGUUAAGAGGUAUAUUAGCAAAUAUACCAUCAACCCAGCCAUCGCACAAGGCAUGUCCCACUUGAUCGGAAGCGUUGAAGUCGGCAAGCUUGCGGAUUUGGUUAUCUGGAGCCCAAGCUCCUUCGGUACAAAGCCUAACCAGAUUCUAAAGAGCGGCAUGAUCGUAGCCUCUAUGAUGGGCGACCCUAACGGAUCAAUUCCUACCAUUCAGCCAGUAACCAUGCGGCCACAAUUCGGCGCCCAAGUCCCCAGUCUGUCCGUCAUGUUCGUUUCCCAAGCUUCCAUCGACGCCGGAGUCGUACAGACAUACGACCUCAAGAAACGCGUCGAAGCUGUCAAAAAUUGCCGCAGCAUCGGAAAGGCCGAUAUGAAGUUCAACAACAUCAUGCCUAAAAUGAAGGUCGAUCCGGAAAGCUACCGAGUCGAAGCAGAUGGCGCCCUCUGUGCAGCCGAGCCGGCAGAUGCACUCCCUCUCACCCAAAAUUACUAUGUUUACUAGUCCCUUGUCUAUGACGUAGUCCGACCUAUCCCCCUUUCUUCUUCUUCUUCUUCUUCUUCUUCUUCUUCCUCCUCUGUGCUUCUUGGAAUAUUCCGAGUUUGCAUGUCUGCUGCUGCCCCUUUUGCGACAGUCGGAAAAAGCAAUACAGGUUAAUACUAUCCUUAUCCAAGGGCAUCUUAAAGCGUGACAAAAUAAAU